AUGGCUAGUCGGAAAGGUCUGCCACAGCGAAAACCAGAUCUAGAAUUCUAUUUGCAUCGCGUGUUCCGCAAGAAAGCGUUCCGUCCACUGCAACGAGAAGUUAUCGCGGCAGUUGUUGAAGGCCAUGAUGUAUUUCUCCAGGCAUCUACCUCGUUUGGUAAAAGCCUGUGCUUCCAACUGCCCGCUGUCAUCAGUAAUGGGCUCACAAUUGUCAUUUGCCCACUUCUUGCAUUGAUGACGGAUCAAGUUAAUGCUCUCCAGGCUAUCGGCGUACCAGUCCAGACUAUCAAUUCCAGCACGCCUUUGGCGGAGAGGCGCUUGAUCAUGGAUGACAUGCUUUCAGGGCAUCCUCGCACCCGUCUCCUCUAUGUGACUCCGGAAUUAUGCCAGACAGACAGUUUCCGCCGCAAUCUUUCCAUUGUUCACCGGCAGGGCCAACUGACCCGCGUUGCGAUUGAUGAAGCCCAUUGUAUCAGCGAAUGGGGCCAUGACUUCCGUCCAGCAUACCAAGAAUUAGGCUGGUUCAGGAGGAACUUGGAGGACCCGCCAGUGCCUAUCACGGCCCUCACUGCUACUGCCACCCCACGAGUCCGCGCAGAUAUUAUCACAAUGCUGGGCCUGAACUUCACCAAGCUCAAGCUUUUUAAUACCCCAUCUGCACGUCCUAACAUCCACUAUGAAGUACGGUACCUUCAAAACUACGACGAAGAUGAUGAUAUUUCUCCGGAAGACCUUCGUAUGCAAGAUCUAUUGGCUUGGCUGAAGGCCAUCAAACGCCGUCAAGAAGCUCGCAGAGGCGCCCACACAACAGCACAACGUUCACCUAUGUCCGGGAUCAUCUAUGUUGGGACACGUGCAACCUCGGAAGACCUUGCCGGCAGACUAGACUCCGAGGAGUCUGUAUCGGCGGUGGCCUACCAUGCCGGGCUCACCUCGCAAGAUCGAACUCGCAUUCAGGCGAUGUGGACCUCACCGCAGCCACAUCAACAGGACAGCAACGGAAAGCCAUCGCCCACUUUCUCAAUAAUAGUUGCAACUAAUGCUUUCGGAAUGGGCAUCGAUAAUUCCCAAGUCCGUUUCGUAGUCCACUGGACCCCACCACGCAGUUUCGAGGGAUUUGUGCAAGAAUCAGGCCGAGCAGGUCGCGAUGGCCGGGCAGCGGCUUCUCUCGUCUAUUACAACACCCAGGAGCGUGACCGAAUCGCCGAUCGUCUCAUGCGCGACGCGGAAAAUGUCCGCAAUCGUGGUGGGGCGAAGGCUUAUGUUGCUGGACUUCUUAGGAACCAAAUGGCACGACGUGAGAGCUACCAAAAGGUCGUUCGAUACUGUGAGACGGUUACGAAGUGUCGACAUGCACUGAUCAAAGACCUCUUUGGGGACUAUGAGUUGGAAGAGAUGGGCUCUCAGCAACCACCUUCUACAUAUGGUGGCGCAAAGGUGAACCAGCUCAACCCAUCUGCAUCUCCGUGUGACUACGCCUGCGACUUUUGCAAAGAGGGUCCCUCUGGUUUGGCAAAGCGCAAGGGCAAGAUGCAGGCCGCUGAUGCUCUUUAUGGGUUUAUGAUGGAACGGAUGAAUGACCUACGUGAAGAUUAUGCUUAG